UCUCGCAGUCAUGCUUUGCCUGAUCCAACUAAAGAGGCUUCUGAAGCGACCGGGUCCAUAAACACGCUCAGAAGGAGCUUCUGUUUUCCUUUUAACCUCGUAGUGGACUCAAACCUCCGAUCGAUGCAGAGGAAAAGGACCUUGGUAUCUGUUUUAAUCAGCUGCCAUGGCGAUGCUCUGUAGACACCCUGCAAAAUCAUAAGUCUGUUGCUAUGGUGACUCUAUAGCCAGCAGCUGUCACCAUGGGAACAUCCAGGAUGUUCCACAUUUUUGUGGCCCUGGGCUCGGCUUUUAUGAUCCUCCUCAUCAUCAUCUACUGGGAUGAUGUGGGAGCCUCUCACCUGUAUCUGUACACGCCGGUAUCCCCGGGCCCCAAGGUCCCUCACCCACCCCCGCAGCCAAGGCCCCACACCACCAGGACACCGUCCUUCCUGUCCGACAUAGACGCCUUCGUCAACCAGUUCCUGGAGCCGGGAACCGGGGAGCCCACCGACACGGUGCCGGUUGACUCCAGCAGCAACCAGUCUGAGAAGUCGGGGGAGCGCUACAUCCCCCGGAGGGAGUGGAAGAUUCACCUGACUCCAGUGGCAGCAGAGCUCAGAGAGCGGCAGGAGAAGAGGAGAAGGUUGCUUCAGGAGCUGUGCGCCAACGACAGUGUGGUGUUCCCGGGCAAAAACCGUUCGUUUGACGACAUUCCCAACAAGGAGUUGGAUCAUCUUAUCGUGGAUGACAGACAUGGCAUUAUCUACUGCUACGUUCCCAAGGUAGCCUGCAGUAACUGGAAGCGCAUCAUGAUCGUCCUCAGUGAGAGCCUGCAGCAGGAGGGCGCUCCUCAGAGAGACCCUCUGGCCAUCCCCAGGGAUCUGGUCCACAACACCAGCAUGCACUUUACCUUUAAUAAGUUCUGGAAGCGCUACGGCAAGUUUGCAAAGCAUCUCAUGAAGGUGAAGCUGAAGAAGUACACCAAGUUCCUGUUUGUGCGGGACCCUUUUGUACGUCUCAUCUCCGCCUAUAGGAACAAAUUCGAGAUGCGCAACGAGGACUUCUACCGGCGCUUCGCACAAGUCAUGCUGCGGCGCUACGCCAACCAGCCGACGCCUCCUGCCUCUGUAGACGAGGCCUUCACCCUGGGUGUCCAGCCCUCUUUUUCCCACUUCAUCCAGUACCUCCUGGACCCUCAGACGGAGAAGGACAUGCCCUUUAAUGAGCACUGGCGGCAAGUUUAUCGCCUUUGCCAUCCGUGCCAGAUUCAGUACGACUUUGUGGGCCACUUGGAAACGGCGGAGGAGGACGCCGAGCACCUGCUUCGACUUCUGCGGGUGGAUAACGUGGUGGAGUUCCCCACCUCGCAAAGGAACCUCACGGCGAGCAGCUGGGAGACGGACUGGUUCAGCACGGUGCCCAUCCAGGCACGGAGGGAACUCUACAAGCUCUAUGAGCCUGACUUCAGACUUUUCGGGUACGACAGGCCAGAGUCCCUCCUCAACGAGUGAUUCACACCAAGCUAAUGCAAACACAUAGUUUUGUAGCGAUGCAGCACUUCUUUAGAGGUUUUAAUCAUCUUCAUAAUCAUAUCUCUGCUUCACUGAGGUGCAGACGAGCAGGAAACUAAAGGAUGAACAAUCAUGGUGUCAUUUCCUCAUUAGAAGAAGCAUGCAGUUUCAGUAGAUCCUGGUGUUUCCUUCCGUCUGUUAGGAUUUUAUGGUAUUUACUUUGUGUCGACAAUUGUGACUAAAUUCACACACUCCGGUAGCAUCCUGUUAAAAAAACGACUCGCUGAGUUAGUUGGGGUUAUAGUUGCACAUAAUGCAAAGUUGGAUUUCUUUGUGUUACUAAAUCAGUUUUAAUUAUUGCUGCACUUUCAAUAGUGAGCAGUUUAAAGUUUUUUUUAAGCAUGAAAAGGAAUGUUAAUGUAGAAACAGACUCAUAGAAGCUGAGAGCAGCUGAGACACGUCCUGUUUUAUCUCAUAUGAUGGGAUAUGUGAAGGUUCAAAAAUAUGUGCUUUGUUGGCCAAAAUGUAGCGUCUGCGUAAGGAAGCACAGCAGAUUCAGCACAUCAGCUGGGAAUCUGGGUUUGUCUCGGCUUGUUUUGGAGACAAUGAACCAGAUUUUCAGCAUUUCUAUGGGUACUAAUGCACAGAUGUGCCUCUGCUUGUUUUACAAAAAUCUUCUUGAAAGGGAAAACUUGUUUGAUUAUCGCCAUCGCUGUUUCAUCUGUCUUUUGUUGUUUCUUUUUUAAAGCACAAACUUUGUUUUUAGAUGACUCCGGGCUCAAAUCUGGCAAAAAAUCAAAUUUAAUUGGCUAUUUUGUUUUUAUAUUUCAUUUUAAUAUUUUUCUUUACUCCCCUUGGGAUGUGUGGUUUUAGUUUUCACUCUUAUUACAAAAGAUUAUGAGCCCGAUUGAACCAAAAUGAGUUGGAGCGCCCCCUGCGGGUCAGUAUGAUUUAAUGGAGUCACUUGAACACAUUUGUUUGCAGCAGAUUAAAAUUAGAUUGAAAAAUUGUAUGGAAGGUCAGACGUGUCAAAAAUAUUAAUGUUUAUUACUCAAGUAUAAGUAUAAAUCCUGCUGUUUAAAAACACUUUUGUAGAAGUUAGAGUAUCAACUAAAAAUAACAUUUGUAAAACUACUUAAAGUAUAAAAGUAAUGAAGGAAAAAUGUUAAGGACAGAUGCUUUAAACAUACUGGUUACUGCACUACCCUAUCAAAGAAAUAUUUUUCUACAAUUCUGGAUGAGAAAUUCCUUAUAUAUAAUUAUCUUAGUUUUAUAACUAAUUGUAAAAGUGUUCAAUUUAACUUUACAUCAUCUUGGAAAAACGAUUUAUUUUGGUAUGUGGUGAACAACAACUUGGUGCAGUACCGAGUCCAACCACAAAGAAAUUAAUUGCCUGGAUAAAACAAAUGAUUUUGACGUUUAAAUGCCAACCUGCCAUAACUAAAAUGAGCUUAAAUGAAACAAAACUUCUAUUUUUAAAAUGUAAGAAGUAGAAAAUAGAGAUAAUUGCAAAAUAAUGUAAGGAGUAGAAGUAAAAAGUCGUCUAACAAAAUAAUCACUCCAGUAAAUUAUAGAUAACUAAAAUCCCUACUUUAGUAAGAUCAGGAAGUAGUUGUACUUUGUUACUUGACACCUCUGUAGAAGAUUCUAUAUGUAAAAAACUAAAUGUGAAAGUUGGAACAGAACAUCCUCAGCUGCAAAAUGACAGAAAUUGCCGCUAAGAGAUUUUAAUGUUAUGACAACAUGUAAAAGAAAUACUGGAUUAUCAGCUUAUUAAUGCGGACAUUUAAAAUACUUAGUGCAAAUAAAGCAUAAAAAAGCUGAAGAUUCUUAAUAUAGAAUAUUUGUUACCACACUUCCAAUGUUGCCUGAAAUGUAGAUUUGAGUAAAUGUAGCAGAAACAUCCAUUUUAACAGUUUCUAAAUGGUCCUGCCUUCAGUCUGUUACUGGCUGUAUUUAUUUGGGGGGACGGGGGAGUAAAGUGUCGUGUUUAAGCCACCUGACCAGCAGUGCUCAGUAAGAGGGGCAGAGUUGUAUUGCAGUGGAAGUAAAUGCCCGUCAUUUUUGUUGGUGGAAAAAUGAGUGGGAACAUUUUUAUUGGCGGUUGAAGCCUUGUAUAAGUUGGAACUAACAGGCGAAUAGCUGGUAGGUUAUUGCUGAGCACACAGUACCGUCGGUUUUCUUUAGUUUCCACAACAUGACUGCUGUUGGUGCAGGAAAUUUUCCCACCAAACUUUGUCGUCAAAAUAAAAAAAAAACAUAUAGCAACAUUCUUUCAAUCAGCUGACCAACAACUGGAUGGAAUUCAGUCAGUUCAGCGGCUUGUCUGAGACAUUUU